AUGCAGCAAAAACGCUGCAUAAGACUUUACGGAUUUAGGGGAAACCCCUAAAUCUUUUGUUGGAAAUGGCAACACAUAUCGAAUCACAACGAAUGUGUUGAAGAAACAACACUGCAUCUUUUGGAGAGUAGCAUCAAAUCCAAUCAGCCUGAUGCAUCUGUUGGUGAAGUGGAGAAUUUGUAGCUAUUCUUCAAGCAAUAGAACUGGCCAAGAAAAAUACAUGGAAAAAAAUUUUAAUUUUCUCAGAUAGUUUGGCAGCAGUCAAAAUGAUUACUCACAAGCAGUCCCAAAACUUUCUAAUAGCCGAAAUCCAUAACCAGGUUAGUAACUCUGAAAUAGAUAAACUAAUCAUUAACUGGGUACCAAGUCAUGUAGGUAUAAAUGUCAAUGAAAAGGCAGAUAUAGCGGCCAAAACAGCACUAGUACAUGGCAAAGGUCUUACUGUUGAUUUAACACCCCAGGAAGCCAUUAGGAAAAUAGGGUGUACGUUAUGGAAGGAAACUAUACAAGAGGUUAAAAACAACUGCAUCAACUGGGACCGAGAUCUAAACGACAGCAUUACGGCUACUGCACGGAAACCGUGGUUUAAGACCGAAAAAUAUAGGCUCAGACCCUACGAUAUCAAACUCAUCAACAGACUAAUGACUGGAUACACGUACAAUAAAUCCUUUUUACACCUGAUGCAUAGCCACAUUUCAAACAUGUGUAAUAGUUGUAACAUCAUAGAUACACCAAAUCACGCAAUCUUUGAAUGCUCCAAAUACAGGCAACUGAGAGACGAUUUUCACAUUUUUGAAAAAUUUAAUAACAUAGACGAAGUCCUCACGACAAAAAAUCCACAACAUUUUCAAGAACUUAUUUCGUUUAUUUACAAAGCCAAACUUGACAAAGCGCUUUAAAAGUCAAAAAAAAAAAGAAUAUGAGGUAGAGAGUUCAGAGACGUUCAAACAAUAUUAAUUGUUAAUUAAUAAAAAUAG